GUUUUCAUCACCGCUGUAGGUGCACUUUACCACAAUCAUUGCACGUCUACCAUCGUGCUCGAUAUAUCCUGACAACUUCUUAUCAUCUGGAUUGAUUGAAAUCAAUCAUCAUGUUUAACGCUACACAACAUCGCGGGAAUCCUAACCUGGGUCCUGCACCCCCGGGCCAGCAGAACCACCGGCUAAAUGAAAUUAUGGAUUCCCUUCGUGCCGAGUUCGAAAACCAAAACCGUUCAUCAGAGCAGGUUGAAAGCCAAGUUGCGCAACAGAUUCAAGAGAUGGAGUUGAUCCGGAACAAAGUAUACCAACUGGAGCAGAACCAGCUGAAGAUGAAGCAAGACUAUGAGGCUGAAAUUCGAAUGCUGCGUCACGAGCUUGAUUUGCGUGGCGGGCCUCAGGUUCAGUCACAUUUGGGGGCUCCUCCACAGCACGGGGGCCCUGCUCAAGCUCCUCCUUCUCUAGGCCAUGGCCAAGGGGGAUUGUUCAGUGGCAUUAUGGCAAAUCAAGGUGGAGGUGGUCCUGGUCUUGCUCCUCCACCAGAGCAACCUCCCCAACAACAACAACAACAACAACAACAACAACAACAUCCUUUGCAGCCUCCACCACCACCCGCAGGCCAACCUCAGGGACCGCCGCAGCCGCCCAACUCCUUUCCUGGCUACCAAGGCCCAACUCUGAACGGUUAUGCUCCUCAGCCACAGCCUCAGACCAAUUCGCCAGGCUUGGGCAAGAACCGCAACCUCGCCAAUCGAGGCGGUCCUGGUCCUGCAACGCCCCAGCAGCACCAGAACCAACCGCAACCCAUGCCUUACCAGAAUGAUCCUAGAGCCUCGCCCCAAAUCCCGCGGCCCACCCCUCCCGGCAGUGACUUGCAGCAUCAGCCACGUCAUCAAAUGUCCGCCCAGCAUCAGUUUCCAAACGUUGGCAAUGUUCUGGCCGAUUUGAACCCGGACGAUCUACCAGACACACUGAAGCGCACAGGAAAUGAUUGGCAUGCUGUGUUCAACCCAAAUGUACCUCGGGUGCUCGACGUUACUCUCCUACACAAUCUCAUUCACGAAUCCGUCGUUUGCUGUGUCCGCUUCUCCGCCGACGGCAAAUAUGUUGCCACCGGUUGCAACCGAAGUGCACAGAUUUUUGAUGCCCGUGACGGCCGAAAAGUUUGCGAAUUGCAGGACGACACUGUUCAGGACAAGGAAGGUGACUUGUACAUCCGCUCUGUUUGCUUUUCUCCUGAUGGUAAGCUGCUCGCCACCGGUGCUGAAGACAAGAAGAUCAGAGUUUGGGACAUUGAGAGCAAGCGUAUCCGGACCACGUUUGAUGGUCACGAGCAGGAUAUCUACUCUCUCGAUUUCUCCCGGACAGGACGAUUGAUUGCCUCAGGAUCGGGUGAUAAAACUGUUAGACUCUGGGACAUUGAGAACAAUCAGCAAGUGAUGGUCCUAUCGAUAGAAGAUGGCGUUACCACGGUUGCCAUGUCACCGGAUGGACGAUUUGUGGCCGCUGGGUCAUUGGAUAAGAGUGUGCGAGUCUGGGACUGCUCCAGCGGUUUACUUAUUGAGCGACUGGAAGGCGGCCAAGGACACAAAGACAGUGUUUACAGUGUUGCUUUCUCACCAAACGGUCGUGAGCUUGUCAGUGGUAGCUUGGACAAAACCAUCAAGAUGUGGGAGUUGACACCCCAGCGAGGGCUCAUUCCGUCUACGUCUGGUAAGGACGGCAAAUGUGUGCGGACAUUCGAGGGCCAUAAGGAUUAUGUCCUCUCGGUGUGCCUCACUCCGGGAGGCGAGUGGGUCGUAUCUGGCUCGAAAGAUCGCGGUGUGCAAUUUUGGGAUCCUAAUACGGGUAAUGCCCAGAUGAUGCUGCAAGGGCACAAGAAUUCAGUGAUAUCAGUUGCGCCAUGCCCUGCUGGACAUCUGUUUGCCACUGGUUCUGGCGACAUGAAGGCUCGGAUUUGGCAGUAUACCACGUGGAGGGGAGCUCACUAGUGAAUUUCCGGAAAAGUGCCAAAGGGACAUCACCGGCGGCCAAACAUCGACUACUUCGAUGGAAUGGGAUGACAGGUUGGUAAAGAGACUGAUGGACAAGGAUGUUCUGGUGUUGGAUUUCAAUGCAAGAAAAGCGAGUGGCUGAGGCUUUUAGGAUCGGGAGCUCUAGGAGUGUGGGAGGAUCACAUUAGGGUGAUGCACGCCGAAAGGGGGUUUGGGCUACUGGCGAGCUCGACGAUACACGAUAUAGUCUUCCUUAGCAGGGACGAUGCGAUAUCUCUCCAACCACAUCGGUAUUAUGCAAUUCUUUUGUUUGGU